AUGGCUCAAAAAUUAAGGCUGGGAGCAUUUGGCGGGUUUGCCUUUACCGCGCUUCUGUUUGUCGGUAUCGCGACUGCCGCGGACCUCGCGUCGGUUUACAACACUUGUCGGAACUUGGCCAAAAGUAACCAGGCAGUCCACGGCUGCGUUACAAAAAACAGCGACGGGAGCUGGGCAGUUGUUGACCCCGGCCAUGGCAUGCUUGGGAGCGAUGGCUGCGCAGCUAGCGGUACCUUCACCGACUCUUCGCAGACCGCAAGCAACUUUGGCAAAUUGCGAAUAGUCACCAGCAGCUCCUACAGCGACCUUGACCAGGCUUACGCGGCGGGCUUUCUGGAAGGCUACCUAACCGCAGCCCGCAUAUACGACCACCACUACAACCUGAAGCAAUACUUCGUGGUCAUGCUCAACGAAUCGGAAUCCCUGGAGCUGUCUCUAAAUUGGUUGGAGCGUCAGGAGGAGUGGGCCAAUGCCCAGGUCCGCAGCCCUCCCCCCGGGGAGGAGGAGCCGUACUGGCAGCUGCUGGGGCUGGUGCAGGCGCAAUUCGAGGGGCUGGUGGGGGGCUACCAGGCCAGAGCUAAGCAGGAACAGCAGCAGCGGCAGCAGCAGCAGCGGCAGGAGGCACGCAGACUGGCAGGAGGUGAUGGAGGCCGCAGUGGCAGUGGCGAGGGUGGUUAUGGUGAUGAUGAUGUACGGGUCGGCUGGCUCGAGCGGCGGGACCUCAUGUUCAUGAACAGCAAUGGUGACGUGUACGACAUCAUUGACGCGCUGGAGGCUGGUUUCGGAGGCGAGGUUGAGAACGGUACUGGCGAAGGUUUGCUGCCUGGAGCCGUACGGCAGGGGAGGGGGCGGGGUCGGCGCAACCCCAAAUGGGCGGAUGUGGAUCCGGAUCCUGUACGGAUGUCCCUCAAGCUGGGACUGCAGGUCAGUUCUACGUCUGGCAAGUGUUCGGCGCUGAUCAAGGUGACGGGUGACCUGGGGGAGCUGCUGUUGGGCCACUCCACCCACGACUCCUUCACCGCCAUGACGCGCAUCUACAAACAUUACGACUUCUCCGGGCUCAGCAACACAGCGGUGGCGGCUCCGAGAAUGUCCUUCAGCAGCUAUCCCGGUGAGCUGUUCAGCGAUGACGACUUCUACCUGCUCAGCAGCGGCCUGGCAGUGAUGGAGACCACCAACCACAUCUACGUGGGUGACGUGUACGCCCCGCUGUCGUACCGCUGUGUCCUGUCGUGGCAGCGCAUCCGACUUGCCAACUGGAUGGCCAGCAGCGGGGGCGAGUGGGUGGAUGUGUUUGGCCGCCACAACAGCGGCACGUACAACAACCAGUACAUGAUUGUGGACACGAAGCGAUUCAUCCCCCAUUCGGAGUUGCAACCCGGGCUGUUGUGGGUGGUGGAGCAGCUGCCGGGUCUUUUCAAGACCGCAGAUGUCACGGCGGAGCUGAGCCGCGGCUACUGGCCGUCGUACAACGUGGCGUACUUCCCAGAGGUGUACGUCGCGGCGGGCUAUCCCGACAUGGUGGGAGCAGGGGGCCAUCAGGGCCGCAUUGAACGUUUGACGGCCAUGGGCGCUAAGAAGUACGCCUUCAGCAUCCGCCUGCUCAAGUACCAGAUCGCACCCCGCGCCGCGAUCUUCCGGCGGGACCAGGGGGUUGUGGACAGCUUGGAAGCCAUGAAACACAUCAUGCGGUACAACGAGUGGAGCAAAGACCCGGGCCAGCCGCCCUUCACGUGGUCCGACGCGCGGUGGGAGAAGUUGCCGCACAGGGGAAUGCCCGACACCUUCAACUUCACAUUCGAGCGGAUGAGCCCUCGGGACCUACCCACAUACGAGGAGUGCGCGGCCGCGGCGAAGGCGGUUGCGGCGGGGGCGGGGGCGGGGGCGGGGGCGGGGACGACCCGGGGCGCUCAGCUGCGCCGGAAGACCCCCAUAAUGUCUCCUCCUCCUCUGCCGCUAUCCCCCUCUCUUUACAUGCUUCUGCGGCGGCGGAUGUUCCCAAUGUACGGUGGUGUUGUGUGCCGGCGGUCCGGGGAGCUGCGGGGAGCUGCCGGGUAACAAGCUGUCCAAAAUAAAAUCGGUUUGACGCCGUUCGGUUCGGUUCCUUCGUAACGAAACGGGGCCAGACAACGUUCCAUGGAGUGCUUAAAUUUUGAGAAUAUGUGCAUGCGCUGCUUGUGAAUAUGGUUUUGUUUGGCAUGUAACUUCAGGACAAACU